CCCCGCUUGUCACUAGCUCGGAGCGUUGCCUGACCUGCGCCUUGGAGCCACUCGAGCACUCGACCCCGUCGCCGAGCCUGCUUUGUGCUUGCGUCGACCGUAGAAGCUAGCACAGGCCCGGGAAUGGCGAUGACGACCGCCACCACCUUGGAGGACCUCCCCGCCGACGUGCUGGCCUGCGCGCUGCGCCGCCUCGACGGCCGCUCCCUGGCCGCCGCCAGCUGCGCCACCGCGGGACUCCGGGCGCUGGCAGCCGACCCGGAGACGUGGCGCGCGCUCUGCCUCGCGCGCUGGCCCUCGCUGCUGCAAGCCCGCCCCGGCCUCCUCCUCGGCGCGGCCGUCCCGCCGCGGCGCCUCUUCGCCGACGCCUUCCCGUUCCCCUGCCUACCAGCGGACGAUAACGCCGCCCCCGCCGCCGCGCCUGAUCUCCAGCAGCAGCUCCCCGCCGAGCUCGUCUCGGCCGUGGACGUGUACCACGGCGGCGCGCCGCUGCUCUCCCGCGUCGUCGAGACCCCCGCGUCGUCGUCCUGGUUCCUCACGUCGCCGUUCCGCGUCGACGCCGUGGAGUGCGGGAGCCCCGCGCCCGCCGGUCCCAGCCUCGGCCGCGGCGUAUCCCCCGCGGAGCUCGAGCUGAGCUGGGUCGUGGUCGACCCCCGCGCCGGCCGCGCGGUCAACGUGUCCAGCCGCCGGCCCGUGGCCGUCGACAGGCACUGGUACACGGGCGAGGCGCUGGUGCGCUACGCGGUGGUGCUCGGCGGCUGCAAGUUCGAGGCCACCGUCACCUGCUCCGAGGAGGCGUGGAGCAUCAGGGAGAUCAGCCUGGCGGCCGAGGACGCCGACGGCGCGGCCGUCAGCGGCGAGGGCACCCUGCGGCUCCUCGCGGCGGCGAUGGCGGGGCCCAGGAAGGGAGGGGAGGAGCAGGAGGAGGCAGCCAAGCGGAGGUACGAGGAGUUCUUGAGGAGCAAGAGGGGCAGGAAGGAGUCCAAGGCCAGGAAGGAGGUGCUCGUCGACCUCUGCUGCUCCGCCGUCAGCGCCGUCGCCCUUCUCAGCUUCAUCGCCGCCGUCGUGCUCCGGUAGAGCCACAGCUCUGGCCGAUCCAUCUCAGCGAUCAUCAUCGACGAGUCCUUAGCAUGUACAUACUGCAUACAUCUGGGAGAGUAUAGCGCAAGAGUUCCUUUUUUCCCCCAUUUGGCUAUAAUUUAGGAACUAAAGUAAGUCAUACAUGAUUCAUGUAUGGGAAAUUUUCAUGGGAGAGAGAGAGAGAGAGAGAGAGAGAGAGAGAGAGAGAAAUAUACAUGACUCUCACGGUUACAUAUUUCUUCAGUCACGUGGGAACUAAAUUGAUUCCUGUGAGAUUUCUGUAAAAUUCAUAUGAAAUCUCUAUGUUCCAAAGAGGGUGCCUCAAAAUCUGAAAAUUUUGAAA